AUGUCCUUCGCUCAAUUGGCGCCAGAAUUAUUGUCCAUCGUCGUGUCAUGCCUGAAACUUUCUGGAGAACGCUUGUCCAAGUAUGCUACGAUCUCGAGUGCUUUCCGUGGGUCUGUUGAAGCUGCUCUUUUUGCCGAUCUAAAGUUAUCGUCGCAGGAGCUCGAUGACUUCGAGCGAAUUAUCAUCCCUCGAUCUCCUGGCCGGCGAGAUAUCAUUGGCGACCUGACUUUGACCAUCAUCCUACCGACGUAUACAGAGGCGCAAUGCGCAUUCUUCGAGCGCGAACUCGACCAGCGCAUCAACAAUGAAGCAUUUACCAGCAGUAUGCUCAGGCUCUUUUCCAUGCUACAACAUUUUCGGAGCAGGCCUCUGAAGCUACGAUUAUACUACAUUUACUCUCCUAUGGAUCUUCCCUACAGAGCGGAUCCUACUAAGGCCCGAUGGGAUGCGGAUAUGGGAGCACGCAAAGAUCUCCUAACGCAUCGCUACGAGUACUCGUAUCUACACUUCCUUGAGGAACGAUUAGAAGAUUUACCGAUAAUAUCUCAAAUCACAGAAUGGCAUGUUAGUGCAGACACUCCAAGACUUUUGGCUCCAGCAGCAGCAGCAAUGCUCACGUCAAAGUUUCCCAGUAUACGGAACAUCGAUUGGGACCUGAAUGAUCAAAAUCGCAGAUCUCCACACGCACGAUCUCGUUUGCGUCAAGAGUUCUCACGUCAUUUAGCCAAUCUGCGCACGCCAAAUGUGUCGAAUUUCAAGCUUGGGUAUAUGCAUUAUUCCCCACCUAACGAGGGUUUUCGUAAUGCAAAUCUGCUAUGUGAUUCCCUCGACCCUUUCAGUACGAGUUUGCGCAAAUAUCUUCAGACUUGCAAUCUCGUUAGAAUUGUUCUUAGUGGACCUAUUUGCCUUAGCGGCGACUUUUUCUGGGUAGCAGGCGAGCAGAAGGGCCUUGCAGAAAGCUGGCCGUUGCUCAAGACAUUUGAUCUUGAUCUUUCUAUCGUUCGCCCUGAUGGCGGCUGGUACCUACAGCGCGAUCCUGGCGCAAGCCCAGGGUCUGACGAAGAAGGACUGCCUGACGACGAUCGAAGCCUCUCCGAUAGGUCAGACGAUGACUUUUCCCUCCAUGGUUCCGAUUUAUCCUUUGGGACGGGUGAGCGUUCUCCAGACGUCUAUAAUCACAGUCACGAGGAUCGAUAUGCAGGUCGUGAGCCUUGCCGUACCUUCCGAAGCUACCCAACCUCCGAGCUGGAGGAGCUUUUCGAGGCCGCUGCACAUGCUGCACGCCACAUGACACAUGCAGAGAGUUUCGCUGCUGGGUUUAGUAACAUUCGUCGUGAUGGGGAUCUCUAUGACCUUGACUUUCAGUUCUUUACAAGUGGACACGGAGGCUUCGGGCAACUCCCGGCUCACGAAAUUCGAUAUAAUCGACUAUUGUGGCGAGUGCCUCGUGGUUGGCGUAUGGGGCCUCAAUUAGAACGGCUUUGGUCCAUAGUCAUCGGCGAGCAUGGAGUGGUUGAGUACGAAGAAUGGUAG